AUGUCUGGUACGUUGCUCACCUUAGAAAACCGUGUGCUACCCUGUCACUACGAACUGCACCUGGACAUCGACCCUAAACAGUCAUCGCCCAAUUUUAAAGGUUCCGCCAAGAUCGAUUUGAAACUUAACCCGAACUCCAUCUCUUCGACCUCUAUCGAAGACUGUUUCACUCAGUUUAAGUUGCAUUCCAAGGACUUGGUUGUCCUGUCCGCACGUGCCACCGUGGACUCUGCGAAGUUUGAUCUGAAGGUUUCUCAAGACACUCAAAACCAUUGGUCCAUUUUUCAAUCUGAAUCUCCAAUUCGAUUAACUAAAGAAUCCUCUUUGGUCCUGUCCGUCCAGUACGUGGGCAAAAUUCGUAACAUUAAGACUCAUCACGAUGCGACUUUUGGUAUUUUCAAGACAAAUUUUAUGGAUCCUAAAACGGGUACUUCUAAUAACCAUGUGGUGGCGACGCACUGUCAACCGUUUUCCGCUAGUAACAUCUUCCCAUGUAUCGACGAACCUUCGAACAAGUCCACCUUCCAACUGAACAUUGCAAUGGACUCGCAGUAUAAGGCCGUCUCCAAUACGCCUGUCGAAACUAUCGAAGAUUUGGGUAAUGCUCAAAGACAUCUGGUGAAGUUCACCGUGACGCCCUUGAUGACCACUUCUGUUUUCGGUUUUGCCAUGGGUGAUUUAGAAUUUUUGAAAACAGAGGUUAAGCUGCAGAAUGGUACUGCUGUCCCCGUUUCUGUCUAUGCCCCCUGGGAUAUCACUAACGCAGCAUUCACCUUAGACACAAUCCAGAAAUAUCUACCUCUUUUGGAGUCUUAUUUCAAGUGUUCGUACCCUCUGCCCAAGUUGGAUUUCGUUCUACUGCCAUACUUAACCGACAUGGCAAUGGAGAACUUCGGUAUGAUCACCAUUCAAUUGAACCACUUACUCAUACCACCAAAUGCCCUGGCCAACGCAUCUAUCAGAGAGCAAGCGCAGCAGCUCAUCGUUCAUGAAUUGGUCCAUCAAUGGAUGGGCAAUUACAUAUCUUUUGACUCAUGGGAAUUUCUUUGGUUCAACGAGUCCUUCGCGACUUGGUUGGCAUGCUACAUCCUGGAACAAAAUGGUGAUUUGCCACAAUAUUGGACUUCAGAACCGUAUUUGCUACAGCAAGUAGAGCCAACCAUGCGCAAAGAUGCUUCAGAUUUUAAUAGCAAGAGCAUCUUUCAGAUAGCGCAACGGAAAACCAGCGUUAACUCGCAGACCUCCGAUAUCUUCGACCCUGAGGCGUAUACAAAGGGUAUUGUCAUGCUAAGGUCUCUCCAAUUGGCUACAGGUGAAUCUCAUUUACAACGGGGUCUACAAAGUGUGUUUGAAGAUACCAAAACGUUUCAGGAAAGAAGCAUCAAGCCCAUGGAUGUCUGGAAUCAUAUCGGAAGAACUCUGAAGUCUCAAAAUAUUACUAAUUUUGUUUCAUCUUGGGCAAGAACUCCGGGCUUACCUGUCGUUAAAGUGGAGCUACAAGAAGAUGCUGGAAAGAUUCAAACAAAGUUGACUCAACAUAGAUAUAUCAAUCGAUUGUCCAGUGAGGAAAGAGCCCAGUUGGAGGAUGUCCCAUAUCAAAUACCGUUAUUUGGCGUUUUGCCAAAUGGUGAAUUGGACACCGGGAAUGUACUGUUGACAGACAGAACUUUGAAAUUGGAUUAUCCUGUCCUGGUUCUCAAUCAUUUGGCUCAGGGUUAUUAUCGUGUUUCUUAUGAGUCAAAAGAAUGCUAUACACGGAUCAACGACAAAUUCACCGAAGGUAUCCUAUCAGAGAUUGAUCUGGGGAAGGUGUUUUUAGACUUGUCGCAAUUUAUCGGUGAUGAAGGCUUUCAAAAUUCCAUUCAUUUGCUUGGUCUUUGCGAAAUAUUGAGCCAUAUUGCUUCUCACCCAUCAAAAAUUGCAUCAAAAUAUUGGGCUCCCUUAUCUAAGGGAUUGGAAAUCCUGCAAGCGAUUGAUCGCGCCAGUUUAACAAGCUCCAAAUUGCAGUCUUUUUUGAGGAAAAAAAUUAUCGUUCCACUUUUCAAUAAGAUUGAUUGGCCUCAUGGUGAAUUCGAUAAAAGCGCAGAUCCUCAUGAGCUGAAAGUGAUGUCUCAAGUUUUGUUCCUGAAUAAAAACUCUGGAAAAUGUGACGAAUUGUGUCAAAUUUAUUUCAAGCAUUUAUUACAAGGGCCACGUUCAAGUGUUCCAUCAGAACUAGUGAACUCGAUCCUUGUUGUGGCGUCUCAACAUUGCUCAAAUAUCAAGCAGUGGAAGAAAAUAUUCGACUUGGUUAAACGAAACUCCUGCGUUGGUAUCAUGAACCAUAUUAAUGACCUUUACAACCAAAGCAGUGACGAAACUGUUAGCCUGGUCCAAAACGGUGCCAUUGAAUCUCUUGGUUUCUGUCUGGAUUCAGACAUUGUGAAGAAGAUUUUGAAUUUUGUCGCUUCCAACAUUGAAUCCGAAGGAAUGGAACUGGCUUUAUUCGGGUUUAAUUACAACUUUAAAAAGAGAUUGAACAAGAACGGGAAACCUCAAGAUGAAAUUGUCCGUGAAACGAUCUGGAAAUGGUAUAUGGACAAUUUUGAUCAGUGGGCACGGAAGGCCACAAGGAAAGGCACCGCUACUGGUGAUCAACUGCACAAGGCAUUAAGAAGUACCUCUUUGGUCGUAUUUCAAAUGUUUGCAGCGGAUGAACCUGAAAAGAUAGAAAAGUUUAUGAACUUGAAGAAAGAGAAGUUGGGUCAAAGCUUGCUGUCAUUGGAUGACAUUUGGACUUCUGUUAUACAAGACGAAGCGUCCAGAAAAACCAUAAGAAGAGAUUUGUCUACACUCGUUUGA